AUGCCGCGUGGAAGCCGAAGCCGAACCUCCCGCAUGGCCCCUCCAGCCAGCCGGGCCCCUCAGAUGAGAGCUGCUCCCAGGCCAGCACCAGCCGCUCAGCCACCAGCAGCAGCACCCCCGUCUGCAGUUGGCUCUCAGGCUGCUGCGCCCCGGCAGCCAGGUCUGCUGUCCCAGAUGGCAACCACUGCAGCUGGCGUGGCUGUGGGCUCUGCUGUGGGGCACACACUGGGCCAUGCCAUUACUGGGGGCUUCAGUGGAGGAAGUGGUCCUGAGCCUGCAAGGCCUGACAUCACUUACCAGGAGCCUCAGGGAAGCCAGCCGGCACAGCAGCAGCAGCCUUGCUUCUGUGAGAUCAAACAGUUCUUGGAGUGUGCCCAGAACCAGGGUGACAUCAAGCUCUGUGAGGGUUUCAGUGAGGUGCUGAAACAGUGCCGACUUGCAAACGGAUUGGCCUAAUCAAGAAGUUCAAACUAGAGAAAUGGAAAACCAGCUCUCAUAACCAACCUAAUAUAAA